UGUGACCUGUACCCCUGUCUGCCCGCAGCCGCCCUGGGCACGCUGGACUUCAGCCUGCUCUAUGACCAGGAGAACAACGCCCUCCACUGCACCAUCAGCAAGGCCAAGGGCCUGAAGCCGAUGGACCACAAUGGGCUGGCCGACCCCUACGUCAAGCUGCACCUGCUGCCGGGAGCCAGUAAGGCAAAUAAGCUCAGAACAAAAACUCUCCGUAACACUCUGAACCCCACGUGGAAUGAGACACUCACUUACUACGGGAUCACGGACGAAGACAUGAUCCGAAAGACCUUGCGCAUCUCCGUGUGUGAUGAGGACAAAUUCCGCCACAAUGAAUUCAUCGGGGAGACGCGAGUGCCCCUGAAGAAGCUGAAGCCCAACCACACCAAGACGUUCAGCAUCUGCCUGGAGAAGCAGCUGCCGGUCGACAAGGCAGAAGAGAAGUCCCUGGAGGAGCGCGGCCGGAUCCUCAUCUCCCUCAAGUACAGCUCACAGAAGCAGGGCCUGCUGGUGGGCAUCGUGCGCUGUGCUCACCUGGCCGCCAUGGACGCCAACGGCUACUCAGACCCCUACGUGAAAACCUUCAUGGCAGUUGCCGUGUUGGACCCCAUGGUUGUGGCUGUGGCCUCAGGCCACCUCGAGUUCUGUUACGAGAUCAAGCACGGAGAUCUGGCCAAGAAGACCCUGGAGGUCACUGUCUGGGAUUACGACAUUGGGAAAUCCAACGACUUCAUUGGCGGUGUGGUCCUGGGCAUCAACGCCAAGGGCGAGCGGCUGAAGCACUGGUUUGACUGCUUAAAGAACAAGGACAAGCGCAUCGAGCGCUGGCACACGCUGACCAACGAAUUGCCGGGGGCCAUGCUCAGCGACUGACCACCCGCCUGCUCAUCCCGGGCCUCGCGGGCCUGGACCUGCUCGUCCUCAGCUACCACCCAAGGCCAAGCCCCCCUAGGCUGGAGGAGGUCCCAGUUCCCGCUCAGACACAGAGCCGCUUCAGCCCCUGCGUGGAAGUCCUGGAGGGCCCGGCUGCUCCAAGGUGGGCCAGAGGCCAGGCCCUGGGACCCGAGAGGACCAGUGGUGGGCCAGGGGACCAUGGGCUCAGCACCCACCCAGAGCAGCUAGGACCCUUGGAAGAUGGGCAGCAAGUCAAGGGAGGGCACCCUGGGGUGGGGGGCAGGGACAGACCAGACUCACACAGAGCCGAAGGAAGAUCUGAUGAGCCCGGUGAUGUCUGCCAUUCCUGGGCCAGCAGGGAAAAGCUGGCCAGGAGACAAGGGGGCUUCCGGAAAGCUCCCAGAGACCGUGGGCAAGUGGACAAAGGCAUUCCUCACUGACCCUGCCUGCUUCCAGGGGUGAAUGAUACACAGGGCUGCCCUCAGGGAGCUGGGAACCAGACCCCACAAGCUCAGGUGGAAGUGCUGUGGGCACCACUGACCCUGCCUGGGGUCCUGGAAGGCUUCCUCGAGGAGGUUAUAUUCCAGCAAGGCCUCGAAGGAGAAUGGGGGUCCCAGCUUCAGUCAGGAUGGUCCACAAACCUGGAGGGG